AUGUGGGUUCAUCAUGUUGCGUUGUACUUUCCAGGAUACACCGGCAUUAAUGUACCUGCGGAAAGGGCUGUUGUUCUUCUGAUGUGGGUUCAUCAUGUUGCGUUGUACUUUCCAGGAUACACCGGCAUAAAUUUACCUGCGGAAAGGGCUGUUGUAAGACAUUAUCGGGAUUUCACUAAUGCUACACUUGUUCGAAGGCAACGCUUUGUCGAGGAAUGGUACAAUUACAAAGAUGUGUAUUAUCCUUCAGAAUUGAUGUCAGUUCUCUAUCACAACGUGUAUAUGACACUGAACCGCGUUUAUGUUAAAUAA